AGUCGGAGAUUGGUGCAUGUGACUUUGCUAGGCAGACAUUUUAACGAUUUUGAAAAUAUAUAAAAUGUACUGGGAAUUGGAUAAUAUCACAAUAUAAUAUUUAGUUUAGAAGUUGCCUUCCUUGAGUUCCAUCCAGCCUGGUUUAGUACUUAGGGAUGAUAAAAAUUGUAACUUAAACUACAAAAGCUGAAACUGGUUUCUCACCACCCACAAACUGAAAUUUUCAGUAUGAGAAAAAGGUGUGUAUUGAACUUAAAUGCAUGUGGGGACUAACCCUACCACCAAGGCAACGACAACAAUGGCGGCAAAGGUAACCGAAACAUGGCUGUGGGGUCACACCCAACUCAAAGUAUACCCAGAUAGUGAAAGCUUACACUGCACAAUCUCCCUUUUCAUUUCAUUCCUUUUUUUUUUCCUAUAUCUCAUCACUUUCACUGUCAAAACCUCUUUGCUUGGGGAUUCUCAAGUAUGGGGAAUAAAUAAAGCCUCUUCACUCUUCACUCUUCAUCUAUCUUCUACACCAAUUCUUCUUUUCUUUUCUUUUUGCUUUUGCUUUUUUUCUUUUUGUACUUUUUUCAAAUCUAGCUUCUCUUUAAGACCCUUUUUAAGGAAAUAAAUAAAUGAAACAACAGUGACAAAGCAAUAGGACGAGAAAGAAACUUGUUACUGGGCUAAAAUGUCGGUUUGUGGGGAUUAACAGGUCAGCUUUCUUGUGCUACAUAUGGCAUUUUACUAGUUUCUUUUUUGAACCCGUGUCACUUGCUUGUCUUGGCUUGCAUCAUCAACCCAAAAACUAGCACAGAGGUUCCUUAAUCUGAUCUUAUUAAUGUGAGCUUUAGUUAUUCAGAGUGCCAAACUGCAACACCCUUCUCUGGUGUUUCUGCAUAAUUUGGACAAGAUUGCUACUUAUUUUGAGUUUGAUGGUAUCUCUGCAACUCAUGCUCAGUUUCUAGUCCUUCAAAAGCUGCUUGGUUCAGUUCCGGGUUUCACCUAAUGCUGCUGCUGUAUAUGCUUCCAAUGGCUGAAGGAUUCAAGCAUCAGGCAUUUCUAGUUCUUGCUAUAAUUUUACUUUUAAUCAAUCAGUCAGAGCAGCUAGAAUCAUCCCAGACUCGAACUCUUUUACGAGUUCGAUCGCUUCUGAAUUAUCCUGAUAUCUUGAGUGGCUGGAAUAGCACAAUCGACUUCUGCAAUACCGAACCAACAUCCCAAGUAACCGUGGUGUGCUAUGAAGGAAGCAUAACUCAGCUGCAUAUAAUUGGUAGUAAAGGAACUCCAUUGCUACCUAAAAACUUUUCCAUGGAUUCGUUUGUAAAAGCACUUGUUAAGCUACCAGAACUGAAAGUUCUUACAUUAGUUUCUCUUGGUUUAUGGGGACCAUUGCCUGGUAAAAUUUUGCAUUUAUCCUCAUUGGAAAUACUUAACAUGACUUCAAAUUCGCUAUAUGGAACCAUCCCUGAUGAGCUUUCAUCUAUCACUAGCCUUCAAACUCUCAUACUUGAUGAUAACAUGUUCUCCGGUCGGUUACCUGAGUGGCUCGGUUUGUUACCGGUUUUGACAGUUCUUAGUUUGAGAAAGAAUUUGUUCAAUGGCUCUUUGCCAGAAUCAUUCACCAGUUUGGAGAAUCUUCGAGUUCUUGCACUUUCACAUAACCACUUCUAUGGGGAAGUCCCUGAUCUUAUCAGGUUGACAAAUCUUCAAGAGCUUGAUCUAGAAGAUAAUGCUUUUGGACCUCGGUUUCCUCAACUUGGCAACAAGUUGGUUCGCCUUGUAUUGGGAAAGAACAGGUUUCGAUCUGGCAUUCCUUCUGAAUUGAGUUCAUAUUACCAACUUGAAUGGCUGGACUUGUCAUUCAAUAGAUUUGUUGGGCCAUUUCCUCCAUCAUUGUUAUCCCUACCUUCCAUUACUUACUUGAAUAUUGCAGACAACAAGCUCACUGGCAUGCUAUUUGAAAAGACUUCUUGCAAUGUGGAGCUGGAAUUUGCAGAUUUAUCCUCAAAUCUAUUGACUGGACACUUGCCUACCUGUCUCUUGGAUUCUAAAGACCGAGUUUCCCUGUAUGCCCGAAAUUGCCUGGCAACUGAAAACGAAAACCAACAUCCAUUUUCCUUCUGUCACAAUGAAGCUUUAGCUGUGGGAAUCUUACCUCACCAUAAGAAGUCCAAAACUUCUAAAGUGGCUCUUGCCAUGGCCAUAAGUGGAGGAAUUGUUGGUGGAAUGGUACUUCUUGGUCUCAUUUUCAUGUUUGUUAGGAGGUCAAAUGCGGAUAAGACAAUCAAUAAACCUACUACGAGAGUGAUUGCAGAGAAAGCAACUACUGUGUAUUCAUCAAAGUUUCUAUCUGAUGCCAGGUAUAUAUCGCAAACAACGAAGCUGGGAGCACUUGGACUUCCAGCUUAUAGAACAUUUUCACUAGAAGAACUUGAGGUUGCUACAAACAACUUCCACACAACUGCUUUCAUGGGUGAAGGUUCUCUAGGGCAGAUGUAUAGAGGUAGGCUGAGAGAUGGCUCCUUUGUGGCCAUUAGAUGCCUGAAAAUGAAGAAAAGCCGUAGCACUCAAAGCUUUAUGCACCAUGUAGAGCUCAUUUCCAAAUUGAGACAUCGCCAUUUAGUCAGUGCUCUUGGCCAUUGCUUUGAAUGCUACUUGGAUGAUUCAAGUGUCAGCAGAAUUUUUUUGAUCUUUGAAUAUGUACCAAAUGGCACUCUCAGGAGCUGGAUAUCUGGACGUGACAGAUGCUCACUUACAUGGGCGCAGCGCAUAUCAUCGGCGAUUGGGAUAGCAAAGGGCAUCCAAUUUUUGCACACAGGGAUUGUACCUGGUGUGUACUCAAAUCAUCUGAAAAUAACUGAUAUUCUGAUGGACCAGAACCUUGUUGCAAAGAUUAGCAGUUACAACCUGCCCCUAUUAGCCGAAAUUGCAGGAAAGGUAGGCCAUGGAACUUCUGCUCCACCCAAGGAUCCAAGUACUAGUGCAAGGGUAACGUAUGAUGAUAAGGUCGAUGUUUAUGAUUUUGGAGUGAUUUUACUCGAAAUGAUUCUUGGGAGGCCAUCAAAAUCCAGGAAUCAAGUUCAAGUUCUUAAAAACCAGCUAGAAGCAAUCAUGGCAACGGAUGAUGCAACGAGAAGACGUGUAGCAGAUCCCACAGUUCGGACAUCUUGUUCGGAUCAGUCAUUGAAAACAAUGAUGGAAAUUUGUGUGAGAUGCCUGGUGAAGGACCCUGCAGAGAGACCUUCUAUUGAGGAUGUGCUGUGGAACUUGCAAUUUGCUGCUCAAGUUCAAGAUGCAUGGCGAGUAGAUUCCCAUAGCAGUGAAGGAUCUCCGAUCUCUCCUUGUGAACCCCAACACCUUCGUGUUGCCUUCCGCUAAUAACAACAUUCAGUAUAUGGCAAUGACAAGAGAAGGAAGGACAGUAGGGGCUGGUAACCCUUUGUUUGUUUGGCACUAAAGAUGGAAAAGUGGAACAUCGGAAAAGAUCUUUCAAUCCAACGGUUAACCGUUGGACUAAAAGUAAUUUCUGUCAUGUUCCUUCUCUACCUUCCCUACCAAACAAGGCCUCAGCAAAUUUUAUUUUAUACUGCAACUGCUACAUUCUUCAGGCCAUCUAAAGACUCGUUUAGUUAAUUAGUUGACAAAGUUUCAGAACCAAAUGCACUUGUUUAUACUAGUUUUCUGAGAAAUACAGAAACCUGUGUUUACAACAGAAAUCCGGAACUUAGUUCAUGCUACCACCCUCUGCAAAUAUGGGAUUCGAAUUUUGGCAUCUGUAAUAUUUUCUGUUAUUCGUAGACUAUGGUGUCUUUUCUACUAAUAUUACAUUAUAUGACUCUCUUUAUUCUGUGUUAUGUUGAAAUCAAUAUUGUGAAGUUUGGCUAUAA